UUAGUAUGCAAUCUUAACUCGUCGGGUUUGAACGUGAGCGAGAACGUGUUACGGAAUAACGAAAACGGUGUUGAACAUAAAACCAAGCGAACGAACGAAGGCGUUAAUUGUAUUCAAUUGUGUGUUUGAAGUGUUUUGAUGCAGUUGGCCGUCGACGUUGUUGUUAUUUGUGUUGUUGUUGCUUGAGUGUGUUUUCCAUUUGCAAAAACAACAAAUCAGGUUUCGUUGCCGUCAUCCUCAUAAUCAACAUCGUCAUCAUCAUCGUCGUUAUUGGUCUUGAUGAUCAUUUGCGUUGUUGUUAGUGUUUGGUAACCGUGCUGUUGUUAUUGAAGAUUAUUCGGAAUCUGAAAAAAAUAUAUAUCGGCCUAAAAAAUAACACACAAAAAUCAAAAGUAUUCAAGUGAAUAACAUAGAAGACGAAACAAUUCGAGCAAAAAUAGAAGCAGUUACAAAAGUGAAGAGGAGUAUCGAGAGUAGAAAAAGAAGAAGAAGAAAUAACAACCAAGAAAAUAAGGUCUAUUGGAAUUGCUCAAAGUCUUGGCAACUUGAAAAAAAAAUUGUUUUAAUGCGUUUUUUUUGUUUUGUUGCUGCCGUUGUUUUUGUAAUUAUUCGUCGCUCAUUCAAUCGAUCCGUAAACGCCAAAGUGUUGUUGUUAUUGUGUUAUUUUACCUGGCUACUUCUUAACCAUUGGCAUUGUUGUUGUUGCUGCUGCUGUCGUUUUAUUUUUGGUCAGAAGCAAAGAGGAUUAAUAAAAUUUGAUGUUGUUUUCAGCGCUGUUGUUAUUGUUGUGUUAUUUUAAAACGAAUUACGUGAGUGUUAAACUUAAGUAGGCAAAAAAAGAAGAGAAAAGAAAGAAACACCAAAAAAAUUGCAAAAUAUCUACCGAUAACGAAAAAAAGUUUCUAAAUUGCACAACAACUUUAAAAAGAAAAGGAAAAGAAAAUAAAAUCUCCUCUAUGUUAUUAAUUCAAUUUAAACAGUUUUAUGGUCAAAAAAUUACUCCGCUGCAUUUUUGUGCCGACUCUGUAACAACUCCCCAUUGAAAAGCAGUUCAUAAACUAGUUUUCUCCACAUUUGGCAAAAAGGAAUUUCAUUGGCCGCCACACGUUUUUGGAUUGUCUUGUGCAUUUCUUGCUACAGAUUUUAAAUGAUUGUGUCCCCCCAAAAGGAAAGCAGCGCCAAAAGAGAGCCAAAAAAUUCUCAUCAUCACGUCUAGAUAAAAAAAAAAUCUUUGGAGCAAUAUUUGUUAUGAGGAUUCUAUAAAGAUAGUCGAGAUUGACGGGCAUAAGGAACUGGUAAAGGAAAUUCCUGAAAAUUACUUAGAAACGAAAAAAAUUCCACAGAAUCAGUCAUCAAUUGGAAAACUUCCCACAAUUAAAUCAAAAAUAUCAAAGAAAAGAUUUUCCAAAAUAAUGCACGCCUAGACUUUGUUACAAAAGUGCGAAAUCAAAAACAUUUUCUAACCGGAAAAUUUCAACAGUUUUGAAGUUCCUUGCUGAUUAAAGUUUCAAACUCAAAUUCAAUAAUUCAACGCCAUCCAUAAAUAAAUACAAAUUAACUGCAGAACAAUGCAUGAGAGACGAGUAAAAAAAAUCAAGGGUGGUCAUUAUGUUGCCACACAUGGUCGUUCGACACCCGACCCACCCUAUGUUCACUCAAAUCGCGGCUAUUCCACCGAUGGCGAGGAAUCACAUCGGGCACCCUCGGAGCGCACGAUGUCCGAGUAUACAAUAGCCCAUGAGCGUACCUCGCCGCAAGGGCAUUAUCAUUCAUCGCGUAAAACCCGCAUCAAUAAUGGUCAUUCGAAUGGCCACUAUUCGACGUCGGUGGUCGAUAGUGGUGGUCCACGCUCUCUCAGUGGGCCACCACCAACCCGGCUGCCACCACGAGCCCCCUCAGCUCUGAGCUAUGAUCAUAAUGGUGGAGAUACUGGCAGUGAUAUUUAUGUGACCAGUGCGGCUUACAAGGCACCAUCCGAAAUAAGCCGCUACAGUCAUCGCCCACCAUCGAGAGCACCGCGCAGUGUUUACUCCGUGGCCAGUACUGCCAAAACGGGUCGCAGUGCCCGAAGCACAACAAAACGUGGAGCCAAAAUCGAAACAAUGUCAGCCCCAAAUCCCUUCUGUCCCAAUGUUAAGGGUGUCUGCUGUCUGAUGUUGCUGUUGAAUUUGGGUCUGAUCUUGGUAACGCUAGGCUUUGUGAUUGUGGUGCAAUUCUAUGAACCGUUGUAUGUGUGGAUCCUUGGUAUCAUUUUCCUAAUUUUCGGUUUCUUAACGCUCAUCGGUUGUAUGGUCUACUGUGUGUAUGUGUGUCGAGAUGCCAAAACGCCAUCACAAGUUCGAAAUGAAGAUCUCUAUUGGACCCGACAUUGGCAAAAGAAUAUCGGCUAUACACCGCAAGAAAUCAAUUAUAAGGCAGAUAAAUACGAUGCCUAUUCGGAUCGUUAUUCGGUUGGUAAAAUGAGUGGCAAAUAUUCCGAUAGAGAAAGUAAUCGUUAUUAAGAUAAAAAACGAUUACCUCAGUCUGACCUGAGAAAUACCAAGUAACCGCCAACCGAAUACAACACACACAAACGUUCACAUACUUAAAUUCCAAACAAACAGAAAAUAAAUAAUUGUAUUCUAACAAACGUACCUGCUGCAGCAAGUGACUUGCAAGUUCGUAUGGUUACCAGAGAAUGAAAAAUAACUCUAUAUUAUAUUAUGAAAAAUAUUUAAUAAUUUUUAUAUGCAUAUAUAUGUGUAAAUGUAUAAUUGUUAUAAUAGAUUUAACUAAUUUUAAUGACAAAAUAUAAAUAAUGAAGUAAAAAAAGAAAUGAUUAAUUUAUUUAAUCGUUUUUUACAAAGCAAAUGCCAUACAUAACCUAUCGAUCCCGAUGUCGUUUGACAAACAAAGUUUUUUUUUCUCCGCCUCGAAUUACUCUGAAUGUUUGGUAGGUCAGUGUAAAGGUCAUGUCGGAGUUUAAAUACUAAACGCCAAGCUCAUUUGCCGACCUACCAUUCCAAUAGUCAUUUACCACAUACAACAAAGGAUAUACAGAACAACAAAUUCCAAUAUCUGUAAUACCAAUUAUUGUAAUUUAUACUAAUUGUCCUAUUUUAACCACCAUUUUAAUAUUCUAUAGUUUUUUUUGUGUUUAAUAAGAUUUAUUAAUUAAUUGUUUAAUUAGGUAUAUCGUUUUUAUUGUAUUAUUUUACCCAUAAUCUAUAAACACAGCUAAGCGAAUUAUAUACAAAUGUUUGUAUGUAUGUAAAGUAGUUAUUUAAAAACAAAAACAAUG